CAAACCGCGCUGACAGAAACGAAACAUUCGACCGUGUUGUUGUUCCCGCACAUCUCAACUCGAAUCAAAAUUUACCGAGAUUUCGGAACGAGGAAAAAAGCGGUCCUGUUUCCAUUCCCACGGUCACAUUCCACCGCCGUAAUUGUACAAUAGUGCUGUAGUGUUGUUCUAAUUGUUAGUUAACCUUUUUAAAAGUGAUUGAAUUGUAAUGUUAAAACCGUUGUGCCUUCUAUCGUGAAUCGUGUGUCAAAAGCAAUAAUUCGGAAUGGCCUCAAAACGGCACGGUAAUUUUCAGCUGAAGGUGCCUUCGGCGUCGUACAAAAAAGCUCGGCUGGACAUCGAGAUGGUCUCCAGUCAGCACUAUCAACGGCAGCAGCUGCAAGUUCCGGCUGUUCGAACUCCGACGACGGUUGUUCAAUCCUCGGACAGUUUGUGGGGCGAAGAGGACGAUGAGUUUAUUAUGCUGGCAUCGCAAGCGGUGGAGGAGGUCGAGAUGUUUCAGAACUCGCAGACGGGGGACGUAACUUUUGGGAGGUUUGCGAAGCAGUCGGUUCCGUCGAGCACGCAAGCGUUGGACUCUGAUGAGCUGAUGCCGCCGCCUUCGGCGGUUCCGGGACCUUCGAGGUCGAAGGAAAAGGUGCUGCCGGAGGUUAUUGAUUUGCUGACGGACGAUGACGAUGUGUUCACGGAGAACUACGACGACAUCGAGAAGCACAUGGAGAACUUCUUCAACAACGGGGUGGAUGAUGAUUUUAAGCUGGAUGAAAUUCGGCAAGAGGAUGCUGGGGAACCGGUGCCGGUUGAAGAGCCGAAGCCGGUUCAGGCGGGUCCGUCACGACCACGGUAUCUCCCGAGCCAGCGUCAGACUCAGGUCGAUCGGGAAGCCCAGCUGAAUGCGGCCAAAAAAAAGGAACACGCCCAGGACAUUCAGAUCAAAUUCCUGACAAAGCAGUUGGAAAUGGCCAGCAAGAAGACGGAGCAGAUCCAGAAGGAAUGCAACGAUGCUAUGGAACGGCUUCACACCCGCGAAGGAGAAGCUGCCGUGUUGCGGUACCAAUUGGACAACGCCAAAAGCAUCAACGACCAGCUCCGGCUGGACAAGAUGAAGGAGAGCGAAACCAUGACCAAGGAGUGGGCCAACAAGAUCAAAGACCUGAGCAGCGUGAUCGUCGCUCAGCAGUCGGAGCUCGAGUUCAAAUCUCUCGAAAUGAUGAACCUCCGAACGAAACGGAUGAGCAACUCGUUCCGUGGCGGCGCCGCCGACAAAUCCAUCGUCCAUGAACCUCCCGUCACCAAGGAAGACUUCCGAAUACACCAGCGAAGGGUCAAACUGUUCCUCCAACAAUCCACGCUCACCUACGAAAUCGACCCGAAAAUCUUCGACCGCUCCCUCGAAAGAAUCUCAAAGUUCAACACCAACAGCCGAAUCGCCACCUUCUCUAAAGGGGACUCCGUCAUCUCGCAGUGCCUCGGCUUGCUCCAAACCCACCUUUCGCAGCUGGCCGCCCAACGACGACCUCCCCCGCCAGAAUCGCUCGACGCCAUCACCGCAACCUCAGCCCGAGCCCUCUCCGAAAUCCUAAAAUACGCCAACCAGCUCAAACUGGUCCGCGUCAAGUACAAACAUCUCGGCCCGAAGGUGGCCUUCGAGUUUCUGUGCAAAAACGCCAAAAACAACCGCCUCAACGGAGAAGUCAACAUCAACCAGCGGGACGCGAUCUUCGCGGACGAGCUGGCUGUGCUCACGCGGAGGUUCCUCGCGGCGCUGGCGAUUCUCGGGAGGUAUUUGGCCCCGUUGGCGGUUAGUUUGGUGCGGAGUCACUGUACCGGAGUGCUGGGGAAAGCGUUGAACAAGCUGGGUUACGCGGUGGAGUUGUACCAGCAUCUGGGGAUGGUGACGGCGGCGGCGGCGUUGUUGAGUAGUCUAUGUCAUCAUGUUGGUGCGAUGGAGGAACGUGCAGUCGCGUUGAUGAACCUGUUCAAAUCGAUCGUCUACUGCCGCCCGGACAGCGCUCUCACGCUAACGUACCUCUCCGAAGCCCUGUGCCGAAUAUCGAACCAUUCCAUCGACCUGCUGAACCAACUCUGCUGGCGCUCCAAACCCGAGAGCUUUAAACUCAAUGAAACCUACAAGACGAUUCAGUUUACAAAGGAUUCCUGCGUCCUCCAGAUCUACGCCGCCCUCCUAGAGUGCUCCGUUCCCCAGAACCGCACGCUGACCCGGCUCGAGGUGGACCGGCUGGUGGCCAACACGCGGCACACCAUCUUCUUCCUGCGCAAUGCCGUUGCCCGCCCGGUUCGCUGGAUCCGGCACUUUUACCGCCACCCGGAACAAUCGUCACGUGUGCCAACCCAGUGCCAGUGCCACAUCCGGAUCACCAACGCGUUCGUCGUGCUGCUGCACCAGGUUCUGCGCUGCUGGAACCACUGUCCGCUCGAUAUUCCGAAUCACAGCAUGCUCCAGAUCGCUCAGGAUGGAGUCCUGCUGCUGUAUGAUCUGUUUCAAACAGUGUACCGAGGGAUGGUUCUGCGGGUGGGAGGCCACGCGAUCGAAUGCCGGCUGCAGGCAAGCUGCAACUGGCUCGUGCAGCACCAGGACGACUUUCGGUUUCAGGAUUCGCACAAAAUGGCCCUGCGGAAGCUCGAUCUGCGGUUGGUUAUGGACGAACCGCUCAAGACUGGCGGCGAGGGGGCGUCUUCUGCGAGGACAGACACGGACAGUGAGCGGGCCGAUCAGACGCGGCAGUUGUACGAGGAAUUUUUCGACUGUAAGAAUUUGGCGCUGUGGAAGCUCUGAGAGGAAGGGGGAGAGGAAAAUAUAUGGUGCAAAAAAAAAAA